UCUAUAAGGUACGGAGUAUAAAUUCAAAAAACUCAAAACUCUGUUGAACCAAUACUCCAAUAGUCAACCUCGUGUUCCAAAGACCUCCUUUCAACGUUAAAAUAUUGAAAGUUCAAGCUUUCAGCUUGCGAGUUGCGACUGCCAGACUGGUAGUCUGGUACUAAGCUCACAAAUUCCGGAACACCCUUUGCUUUGCAUAGUGUGUUUUCUUAACUCCUAAUAAAAAUAUAAGGAGCAUAGUAGAUCUCAUAUCCAUCGGUUCAUUUGAUUGACUAUCUCAUGCGCUCAUUAAAUCGGAAUGCCCACAAAUUGUUCGUAAUAUUUCCCCAACGAAACUUCUCAACCAGAACCUCAAUAUACAAUGUAACUCAAAAUUUGCAUUACCAAGGCCGAGUCAGUCUCCUGUCUGAAAAUGAACACGGUGAUGUGGUGUCAUGGACAUCGAUGAUCUCAGACUUCGUAAAGAAGAACCAGCCGGAAAAGGGCAUUGAUCUUUUUAAAAGAAUGCUUAUGAGCCAUCAAAAGCCAAACUAUGUUACAGUUCUCAGCUCCAUUCAAGCGUCUUCCUGUAUAGGCUCAGAAAUGUUGGUGAUGGAAAUUCACUGUUUCGCAAUAAAAAUGGGAUUUGAAAUUGAAACACCUAUUAUUACAGCACUUCUUGGUUUUUAUUCUGUUUGGGAUAUGGAAUCCGCAUCUAAGUUGUUUCUACUGGCACCUGACAAAGAUGUUAUUCUGUGGAGUGCAACUAUUUCUGCUUUUGUGAAGGUUGGAGAGUAUAUUAAGGCCAUUGACCUUUUUAAAGAGAUGCAGUUGUGUGGGGUUGUACCGAAUUAUGUUAGCAUUUUGAGCAUCUUGCCUGCUUGUGCGAACCUUUCUGCUUUGAGAAUUGGGCGAGAACUACAUGGGUUUUCCAUCAAAAAGUCAUUUAUCUCUCAUCUCAAUAUUCAGAAUUCACUUCUGGAUAUGUAUAAUAAAUGUGGAAGCUUAAAGGAGUCAAUUAAUAUUUUCCGAAAUAUAGAAAGGAAGGAUCUUGUUUCUUGGAAGAGUAUUAUUCAUGGGUGCAAUAAUAAUGACUGCCCAAGAGUAGCCUUGAGUUUUUUCUAUGAGAUGCAGUCUUGUUGCUUCCCAAUGGAUGAGAGCAUAAUAAGGGAGGUAAUUGGAAUGUAUUCCACAUUGGACGAGACAAAGGCUGGACAAGAAAUCCAUAGCUUUGCACUAAAAUUAGGAUUUUUGGAAUUUGUUUCUGUUGUGACCGCUCUUCUCCAAAUGUAUGAUAACUUCGGUAACAUUGGAGCUGCAAGGAGUUUAUUCGAUUCACUUGGCCAAAAAGAUAUCAUUGCUUGGAGCGCAAUGAUCUCAGCAUAUGCCCAAAGUGAGGAACCCAGUAAUGCUCUAGCUAUACUUAAAUGGAUGCAAUGGGAAAACAGGAAACCUAAUGAAUUUUCUUUUGCUAGUUUACUGCAUGCUUGUUCUUCAAUGGAAGCACAAGAUUUUGGAGAAGCUAUACAUGCACAGGUUAUAAAAUUUGGUUAUACAUACAAUGCAUUUUUGGCAUCUGCAUUGAUUUUUAUGUAUUGUAAAUUUGGAAGAAUACAACAAGGGAAAUCUUUUUUUGAUGAAAAUUCUAACAAAGAUCUCGUAUGUUGGAGUUCAAUGAUCAACGGAUAUGGGAUCAAUGGCCUUGGGAGUGAGGCUCUUGAGUGUUUCUUGGAUAUGUUGUCUUAUGGGAUAAAACCAAAUGAUGUUGUUUUCGUAUCAGUUCUCUCUGCUUGUAGCCAUUGUGGCCUAGAAUACGAGGGAUGGAACUGGUUCCAUGCAAUGCAAGAAAAGUAUGAUAUUACACCAAAACUUGCACACUAUGCUUGUAUGGUGGAUAUGCUGAGUCGUCAAGGGAAUGUAGAACAAGCUCUUGAAUUUGUGAAUAACAUGCCCAUCAUGCCAGAUAAGCGGAUAUGGGGAGCUCUUCUUGCUGGAUGUAGAAAAACUCAUUGGGCAAGUGAAAUACACGAAUUAGUUGCUAAACAGCUUAUUUCCUUGGACCCAAAAAAUGCCAGCUAUUAUGUCAUUCUAUCAAAUUUAUAUGCCGAUCAGGGCAGAUGGGAUAAGGUAGAGAAGCUGAGACAACUGAUGGGCGAAAGUAAGCGAAAGAAAUGGAUGGGUUGUAGUGUCAUUGAACUCAAUGCAUAAGCAUGGGAUUUGAAUAUAGCUAAUAAUUAGCAUCAUUCAUUUUCCCAAAUUCAUGUGAUCUUAAGCUAUAAGUUAUAGCCCAAGGUCCUUCACAUGAAUUUGGUUCUGAGGUGUCAGAAGGUGAGUUUUGCUUGUCAGUGUUGCCCCCCCCCCCCCCCCCCUCCCUGUUCGUGAUAUUCUGGAGCUAAUAGAAUUAGAGAAAUGCUUACAAAAUUUAAAAGUGCCACAUUUAUGUUAAUGACAGUGAUGAUCUAUGCAAAAGGCCUGCAAGUUAGGCUCACAGAAAAAUUCAAUUCUGGGUUGAAACCGACUCUUAGCACAUUUUAUUUUAUUGUUUCAUGCAAUUAUUAUUGGUCUAUGUUCUUAGGUCUCAUUUCCUGCAAUUUUAGGUAUUUUUCUGUUACUUUCUUGUGAUUGUUGAUUAUUUCUAGUAGGUUGAUAAAUAGAAUCGGACUGAGUUUGACACUUUCUCUUUCGAUCUUUUUUCCUUAAUGUCAGAAGAGUAAAAUGAAAAUUUCUAAGUAAAGUACGCCUGUGGUUGUAUGUCUUCAUUGUCAUUAUCUUGGAAGUUUGUUGAAGAGUUCAUGAAAUGGUAUAGCUAUCUCUCAGAGAGGCUAGUUCCCUUUCGAAAAAUGAACCUGCAAUCCUGCAUUGAGUGCAGUCACUUAUUAUUUGCAAGGCAGUGUUGAGAUUUACUCCGUUAUCCCUAUUAAUUAAUUUUCUUUGUAGUGUGUUAGAGACCUCCGGAUUCCAGAACAGUUACAAGAAGAGUAACAAGAAAUCAGCUGAAGAAUUUUAUUGAAGAAGAUAUCGAUUACAGAAAAGAAACAGUGUACAAGGCCGAAGCCCAAAAGAUCGAGAUGUUCAGUCUCGUAUCCUUCCCAGUCCCAAGACCAAAUGUCUAAAAGCCUCCUCUCUAAAUCCCCCUUCCCGUCUAUUUAUACUAUACAAUACCUCAAGUACCCUUAUUACUAAUAUUCUAAUUAAUACUUCUAUUAUUAGUCUAAUAUAAGAGGGUUCCUAUCAUAGUGAUGGAAAAUUAUGAAAAUUUUCCUCAGUCCCUCUACGGCCUUACUCCAUCACAGAUGAAUAUCUUCAUGAAAGAAGACAAUCCUGUAAAUAGACAAUCUAAAAGUGUCAAUGAGGAAAGCAUAUCAUCAAGGCACAAUUAUUUGAGCAAAUGUGGGCUGUGGACCGAUGAUGGUCCUGAAAUGCAGAGUAUGAGUAUGUCCAUGCAUAGUAGAAUGGCUGGUGGGCCCAUUGGUAGAUAUGAUUCUGAGCCUCCCGAUUUGCCAUCAGAGCUUCUUAAAGCUCGAAUUGUGUAUCUUGGCAUGCCGAUUGUGCCAUCUGUUGCUGAUCUUGUUCUUGCUCAGUUAAUGUGGUUAGACUAUGAAAAUACUCCAAAGCCUAUAUAUCUUUAUAUAAAUUCAUCUGGCACUCAGAAUGAAAAGAGGGACUUGGUUGGUUCCGAAACAGAUGCAUAUGCAAUAGCUGACUCCAUCAGUUUCUGCAAAUCAGACGUGUACACAGUGAAUGUUGCAUAGGCACAUGCUCAAGCAGCUAUGCAACUGACUUCAUUCUUUUUUUCAUGGUGUCGUCUAUUGUGAAUGAAUGCAACAUCAUUAAUAAGUGCACGUUCUAAGCAUGAGGGGUGGUAGAGUUUAUAGUUCAUUCAUUGUUAUUGAUAAAAUAUAGAAAUACUAAAUAGUACUCCGUAAUAUAGUUUUCAACUUUUCAUAGGUUUGGUAUUAAUUUGUGGCUUAAUACAAAAAGAAUCUAACCUUUGAAGGAAGUGACUAACUUAAAUACUCCAUAGCAUUUAUCGUAUUAAAAUUCAAGCUAGAAUUAGGAUCAGUUAAGUUUUUUUUGCGCCGAAAGUUGUUAAUUUUUAACGGAAUCUAUCUAACUAAGAUUUGUGUCUUCUUGCAAAGUGUGCAAUCUUAUUCAAACGAUGAAAUUCGAUUUUCAAUUACCAAGACAAUGCAGAAAUAAAUUAAAAAGCUUUUAGAUAUGAUGAGGAAGGAAUUGUACUGACACAUAGUCUGUGUGAAACUAAAAGAUCUAGGGUACGAAGUUAAAUGGAUCUUACUAUCUUGCAUUUAAAACAACAGAUGAUAUUUAAGAAAACAUAAAGGAUGGACUAAAAUCUGUCACUGACACACACCACCUUCAAAUUUUUGUGUGUUUCAAAGCUCCUGGAUGUGGUUUUAACUUAAAAUAAACAUUUACAUUUUUCAAACCCAUUAUCUCCUUUGUAGAUAAGAUCCCAGUGAAUUUUCUCCUAAAAGUCGCAAUGACUUGCAAUGCCCUGAAGCAAAUCUAACAAAGAAAUCAAGAAGGAUGGAAAAAGAUCCUGUCCAUCCAGAGGGACAGAACCCGCCGUUCGGCCGUCACCAUUUGGGGCGGUUCCCGGUGGAGUUUUUUGAUGAAUUUUUUGAGCAUGUUCUUCAUCAAGUCUAGUUUACCCAUACCAAAUUUCAGCUAAAAAUUCAAUCGGAAAGACAGUCAAAUGAAUUUUUGAAGAUAACUGCACAGUUAACAUAUAUAAACAGUGCAGUAUUGUUCAGAAAAUCAUCUGACUGCCUUCCCGGUUGCAUUUUUUGCUGAAAUUUGAUAUGGAUAAACUAGACUUGAUGUAGAACAUCCUAAAAAAAUAUUUAUCAAACAAUUCCACCGGGAACCGCCCCAAAUGGCGACGGACGGACGGCGGGUCCUGUCCCUCCGGCUGGACAGGAUCAUUACUCCAAGAAGGAUUGAGUUAAAAAUGUCAUAAUCUUAAAAAUGGUUCCUUUUGUUACCAUAGCCUAGCAAGUAGCAACGAAGGUCAGAGAGUCAAUAAACUUCCUCAUAAGGCUCUGAUCCCGCAGCCUAGUAUAAUCUCUGAGAGACAUAAGAACAGCAUGUGAGAAUGAAAUGUUUUGCAGGUAUCAAUAUAAAAAUAUUGCAUUUGAACAGGGUAGUUGCCUAGAUUAAUUUAAGUAAGAUUCAGAUUCGGGUUUCUUAUUCGUACAGCCUUAGAGAUUCAGAUUCGGGUUUCUUAUUCGUACAGCCUUAGAGGGUUUAGCUCCUUCAUUUUUCUAGAUAUCAUCAAUUGUAAGAAAGUCAUAUAAAUAAAAGCCGUAGUAUACUAUUCAACAUUUAUAACUCCGCUUCAUUAUAUUUGGUGCAAUGCAGCAAAACUGUAUCUGUAUAGUGUUAGCAGAUCAAGUGGACCUGUUACUGAUAUGUGGAUUAAGUGCAGGGAAAGGAGCUGGAAACAAAUACA